AUGGGCCAGUCACAGAGCUCCCGCAAAUCCGAACCGGGCGCGGGCUACCGUGCUCAGGCGGCAGAACAGGCUCGGGAGCGAACCGAAGCGUUGCGCAAGUCCCAAAACGGUAGCGAUCAAACCUCGUAACCUUUGGUAUAUUGAAUCCGCGAAACUAACAGGCCGUCAGCACUCUAUUCCUCCAAUGCGAAAGCCCACUCCCGUGCAGCGCGCAUGCACCAGCAAAAAAGGGACGAACUCAACGCCCUGGCCAGCAGAGAGAUAUUCCGACACUACAACCCAAGAUACCCCUCCACCGCUGCCAAUUCCACACUCUCCUCGAUCCCAUCGCUCUUUGGCGCGCUGUUCUCACUAUUCGUGGCCGCGCCGAAUGAUCUGUCGCGAUUGGAUCUGCACGGACAGUACGUGAGUGAGGCCAUCCCGAUAGUUGAGGACCACUUGAAGAGGUGUCGGAGGGAAGGGGUCAAGACGACCCUGGUCAUAACGGGGAGGGGCGCGCAUAGUCGUGGUGGCAUUGCGAGAAUUAAGCCGGAGGUUGAAGCGCUGUUGGCUCGUAUGGGGGUCAAGUAUUGGAAGCAUGGGGAGGGGGCCUUUCAUGUUGAUUGUAGAAGGGAAGAUGAGGGGGUUGUGGCAUGGAUUUGGAGGGGGAUAUUCGGGUAG